AUGUUCGCUUCCACUUUGACCACCUUCCUUGCUGCUUCGGCCAGCUUGGUCUCGGCCGCUUCCAUCCCUAUCCGGUCCGCCGGCCAGUCCGGCACCGCAAGCGUUACUCCCCAUGACGUCUACUCGUCCUCCAUUGGUGUCCUCGGUUGCAAGAUCGACAUCAACCGCGUCGCCUACUGGCCCAACCCCGUCAGCUGCAAGGACAUUUGCGUUAAGGUCUCUUACGGGGGACGCAGCCUCAAGCUUCUCCGCAUCGACCAGUCCGGCGGCGCUUAUGACAUUUCUUACGACGCCUGGAACUACCUCAGCACCGGCCAGAGUGCUACCGAGAACCCCACCCAGGGCGGUGGUAUCCAGAUGGAGUGGGAGGCUCUCGACGCUGAGGAGUGCAAGCCUCUCCUCAAGGAUGGCAGGCUGCCCCUCUCUGCUGCCAACAGCAUGAACUACCUGUCUUCUUGCCUUGCCGAUCCCGAUAGCUUCGUUGCCAAGAACCACGCCCUGUACAACAUCCAGAACUCCGCCUGCACCUGGGGCGUCGAUGAGGAGUGCAACCUUGACUUGACCGUCAGCAACCAGGCCUCUUGCCCCAGCGGUCUCGGCUCUGUCAAGGCCUUGAAGGAUCUUCCUGUUGACAACAUUGCCUACGGAACCGGAGUUUCCACCACUGCCCUCCAGUAA